CAAUUCAGAUAAAACGUAAAUCAUUACAAACUAGUCCAAAAUUUAAUUAGAAAACCUACGCAAUUCGUUUAGAAGAAGGACUAAUAAUUUGCCGACUUACAUGAAAAAUCAGAAAUGUGGUCGUGCAAAAGGAUCGAUCGAUGCGCACCACAGGCAACCCAUUCUUUAUGAGCCUGCGCCMUCUAAAACCAGCUGAUUCUCUGUUAGUUACACGUGAAUCCAGGAACACAUGAUAUUUUGCUUCAAAUUUUAUUUCUCUUCGACCACAAAAACUCCGUUUUAAAAAGAUAUCUUUAUAGUUUUCUGCAUAUUAGACAGCAAGUAUGAAAGAGAGGAAAAGUAGCAAGAUCCCUGAUAACUUACCUCAGCUGCAAAACUUGAUAAAAAGAGAUCCUGAGUCKUACAAAGAAGAGUUCCUACAGCAGCACCGCCAUUAUCAGUCCAAUUUACAGAUUUUCCAUUUAAAUCCUUCAAGUUCAAAYAAAACAAUCCAAGAGCUGGUAAUGUUCUUAUGCCAAGUUGCUCAUUGUUAUCCUGAAGAACUUGGUCAACUACCUCAGGAUUUAAAGGACAUAUUACACAAACAUCAUAGUGUUAUGGAUGCAGAAUUACGGAUGACUUUAUGCAAGGCACUUAUACUAUUAAGAAACAAAGAUCUCUUAUCACCAACAAGUCUUUUAGAGCUGUUUUUCAAGUUAUUCAGAUGCACAGAUAAGCUAUUACGACAAGUCCUGUAUAACCAUAUUGUAACAGAUAUCAAAAACAUCAAUGCAAAACACAAGAACAAUAAAGUGAACUUGACAUUACAGAAUUUCAUGUACACCAUGCUGAAGGACAGCAAUGCCGUGGCUGCCAAGAAGUCCUUAGAUGUAAUAAUAGAACUGUACAGAAAGAAUAUCUGGAAUGAUUCCAAGACAGUUAACGUAAUCACUACUGCUUGCUUUUCUCCUGUUSCUAAGAUUCUUGUUGCCGCUCUUAAAUUCUUCUUGGGAAGUGAUGAAAAUGAUCCUAAAGAUGACAGUGAUAGCGACAGUGAACCUGAAAGACCCACUGCUAAACAACUACUCCUCUCUUCUGGUGUAAACAAGAAAAACUCCAAGAAAAAAAAGAAACUAGAAAAGGCUCUUUCAGUUCUGAGGAAACACAAGAAGAAGCAUAAAGUGACAACUGUAAACUUCUCAGCCUUGCAUCUCAUCAAUGAUCCUCAAGGUUUUGCAGAAAGGUUAUUCAAACAAUUAGAAGCUGCAACUUGUAGGUUUGAAGUACGGUUGAUGAUGAUGAAUCUUAUCUCUCGGUUAAUAGGAAUACAUCAGCUGUUCCUGUUCAAUUUUUAUCCAUUUUUACAGCGUUACUUGCAGCCUCACCAAAGAGAGGUUACAAAACUGCUGCURUUCUUCUCACAAGCCUGCCAYGAACUUGUUCCUCCUGAGGUUGUUGAAUCUGGGGUCAAAACAAUUGCAAAUAAUUUUGUGUCAGAAAGAAAUUCCAGYGAAGUUAUGGCUGUAGGGUUGAAUGCUAUUCGUGAGGUUUGUACAAGAUGUCCGUUGGCCAUGACAGACACCCUUCUACAAGACUUGGCACAGUACAAGAAAUCAAAAGACAAAGGUGUAAUGAUGGCAUCUAAAUCAAUCAUCCAGUUAUUCAGRACCCUUAAUCCAGACCUAUUGCACAAGAAAGACAGGGGAAAACCCACAGAGAGUACGACAGAGGUAAAGACCUUACAGUAUGGYGCAGUGGAUAGCAAGGAUUAUGUCCCAGGAGCAGAGAUUCUUGAUGAAGAACCAAAUAAUAACACCAAUGAUGACAACCAAGACAAUGAAUGGGAAAGUGAAGAAGAUGACAGCGAUGGUGAAUGGAUUGAUGUACAGCAUUCCUCUGACGAAGAAGAAGAAGAAGAGGAAGAAGAAGAGGAAGAAGAAGAAGAGGAGGAGGAGAAUGAUGAUGAUAGUGGUAGUGAUGAUGGUGGUGAUGGUGAUGAAGAGGGCGAAGACAAUGAUGAAAAGAAAGGUGGAGAGGAGGACAUCCAUUCCAAAGCAGCAAAGAUAAGUCAAAUAAGAAUUCUAACAGAUGAAGACUUCCAAAAGAUACAACUAAAACARAUGUCGAAAGAACUGCAACCAAAAGUAGGGAAGAAGAGAAAACGAGCUUCGACAGCAGAARCUCCUACACAACUCGGGGAAAGGAGUGAACUUGUUUCUUUAGGAAACAUAGAACAAAUCUACAAGAAGAGAAAACACGAUAAAGCAUCAAGAAUGGAAACUGUUAUCGCUGGUCGACAAGAUAGACCGAAAUUUGGAAGCAAGACGAAGAAGAAGAUGAACGAACAUGCCAGCACAACCAAUAAGGAGAAAAGAAGAAAACAGAACUUCAUGAUGAUGCGUCAUAAUCGUGAUGUUCGAGGCAAAGUGAAGCGUUCGUUUCGUGAUAAACAGAUGGCACUAAAAGAAGCACUUCUAAAGAAGAGGAAAAAAUAGAGUAACUUAGCUACGAGGUAACGCUGCAGUUCCAAGAGAAGCUCGUCACGUGACCUGACGUCAGAACCGGAUACUGUUUGAGGGGCAGAUCCUGAGGUCUUUCAAUUCUUGUUGAUAUCAGAUUGAAAGCAGGUUGCAGUUUAAUGAUAUCGUUGUAAAUCGCCAUAGGCCUGACUUGUCAAAUGGCUGCGCCUCUAGCAAUUCAAACUUGUUACGACUUAAAAUCACCAUUUUUCAGUGCAAUAACGUGCAAUAACUGUGCAAUAACGAAAAGUAAAACUUUCUAUCUCAA